GUAACAAAAGUGUCUAACGAAAACUACUAUUGAUGUAAUGAGAGUAUGUGAACUAACUAUUUGAACUGACAACUUUAAUGGUGAAAAAAAUCAGUGAAAUAAAACAGCAAAAAUGAGUUCGUUAAGCCUGCAAGACAUAUUGCUUACGAACAAUUCAACAUGGUCAUAUCUAGUGGACAUAUCGAAUGGGUCAAUAAAUGGACAAUACGCGCCAGCCUAUCCACACGGUGGUGAAGUGAUCGAACCGUUUCCGUAUUACAAUCAUUCAUUAUGUGAUAAAGGAUAUUUAAGUGAACGAGACGGUUUAUCGAGCACAUAUUUUCAAACCACCGUUUACAUUAUGUACAUUUCCAUAUUUUUGGUGGCAUUAUUCGGAAAUGGCAUCGUAUGCUAUAUUGUGCAAUCAUCGCCCCGAUUGCAUACGGUUACGAAUUUUUUUAUAUUUAAUUUAGCUGUUGGUGACAUAUUGAUGUCCUUGUUUUGUGUACCAUUCUCUUUUGUCUCGAUAUUGCUGCUGCAUUAUUGGCCAUUUGGGUCAGUGAUGUGCCAUUUAGUUAACUAUUCCCAGGCUGUUUCCGUGUUGGUAAGUGCCUACACGUUAGUGGCUAUUAGCGUGGACAGAUAUAUAGCGAUAAUGUGGCCGUUGAGACCGAGGAUAACAAAACGGUACGCCAAAUGUAUUAUAUUCGUGGUCUGGACCAUCGCUUUGUUAACGGCUAUACCGAUACCCGUCGUAUCAAAAUUAGAACAGCCUGACGGAUGGCAUCGUCAAUGUGGAAAACACAUAUGUCAAGAAAAUUGGACAUCGGCUAUGUCGAACUAUUACUAUACAUUAGCUCUACUAACACUGCAAUUCGUGAUUCCAUUAGCCGUAUUAAUAUUCACAUAUACACGGAUUGCUAUCGCAGUUUGGGGUAAACGUCCACCGGGUGAAGCUGAAAAUUCUAGAGAUCAACGAAUGGCCAGAUCGAAAAGAAAGAUGAUCAAGAUGAUGGUAACGGUGGUAAUCGUAUUCAUAAUAUGCUGGCUUCCGUUCAACGUUCUAGUGCUUCUAUUGAACGACAGUGCAUUUGUAACCUGGGAGCCAAUUCCAUAUUUUUGGUUUGCAUUUCAUUGGCUGGCCAUGUCACACAGUUGUUACAAUCCAGUUAUCUACUGCUAUAUGAAUGCCCGGUUUCGUGGCGGAUUUGUUCAGAUAUUGCAUUGCAUACCCGGUGUACGUCGAUGUUUUUGUGUCCGACAGUGCGCUCGUGGUAGAAGUGGUAGCAUAGGAACUGGCUUUCAACUGACUGAAACGGAUCGUCAUCUCUUAACGACAACGACAACAAUAAUGAACGAUGAGCAGACUAAUGUUUCAUUAUGUAGCGAAACGAAUCGACGAGACAUCACAACUUCAACGUGUAAACACAUCGACAACAUUCAUCAGCACAAGACGGAAAACAAAUCAUGCACUGAUGCAGAUUCCAUAUACGUCUGCCGAGCAAUCACUACUUCAGUAAUUUAGUGCAACGUCAAUUGAAAUUUGUGUGUGGUAAUAUUCAAAUUGCAAAAACCGCAAAAGUGUAGUUCUCUAUAGUUCUGUAAUGUGGUUUAGAUUGUAAUAUUUAGCAUUUUAAGAUGAAACCUAAGUUUUUUAUUUAAAGAAAAAAAAAUGGAUAUUGAUUGUUAGAGACACACAUUAGAGAUAUUUUUACUGGUUGUAAGUAUGUCAAACGUUGAUUUAGGAAAAUAUAAAAUUUAUUUAAUCAG